AGAUCCCCUUUUUUUCUCCUUGUCGUUCAGACGAAACAGCUUCGAUCUUCAUCCUCCGUGGAUAGAAGAAGAAAACCAACUAGAACUAGUUCCGGUUCCGGACGAAAGGCCUCCUACAGAAGUUCUGUUCGCAGAAGUCGUUUCACAACAGCAGGAACACCUAGAAAGAAGUUGUACAUACCUACGUACUCGUGCGGCUUCGAUCCCUGCAAGAAGACAACCAAAAUCAUGGCUUUCAAGAAGAAGUGCGUCAAAGUCGCCGGCGUUGCUGCCUCCCUGUAUGUGGGAGGGGUGUCCGCGGCGACGAAGAAGAAAAGCGGCUCCACGCACGUGUGGAGCGGCAGUGAGAUGGCGAGUCCGGCAUCGGCGUUGCAAGUGAUCUCGCACCAGACCAAUGGGAUGUCGCGUCGCUCGAGCUGGAACGCGGAACAGUGCCAACCGGCGGGGCACAAGUGCAACACUCCUGACGAGGAGGUUGACGAGAAAAUGACCGGGACGUGGAAGCUCUUCAGGGAGGGCGGAGACCUUCUCUCGGAGGGUUCUCAAUUCACCGACUGGUACACUCUCCAAGCCCUGUGCCGGACGCAGGGAUCCUCCGGCAAAGAGGACUGCAACCAGAUGCAGACAAAAGAUGUAGGUGCAGUUACAAACGCCGUCUUGUGUAAAGUGUGCGAUUAA